UUCCAAACCAGAACACCUUCGAAAUCCUCCUCCGAACACAUCCAACUAUCUCACACGCUCGCUCUCCCCAGACCCUCUAUCCACCCCUUAAUACUAUAUCAAGAUGGCGGACUCCCUUACUGAAGAGCAGGUCUCUGAGUUCAAGGAGGCCUUCUCCCUCUUUGACAAGGACGGUGAUGGCCAAAUCACCACCAAGGAGCUCGGUACCGUCAUGCGCUCGCUGGGCCAGAACCCCUCCGAGUCUGAGCUUCAGGACAUGAUCAACGAGGUCGAUGCCGACAACAACGGCACCAUUGACUUCCCUGAGUUCCUUACCAUGAUGGCCAGAAAGAUGAAGGAUACCGACUCCGAGGAGGAGAUCCGUGAGGCCUUCAAGGUGUUCGAUCGCGACAACAACGGCUUCAUCUCCGCUGCUGAGCUUCGUCACGUCAUGACCUCCAUCGGCGAGAAGCUCACUGAUGACGAGGUUGAUGAGAUGAUCCGCGAGGCCGACCAGGACGGCGAUGGGCGUAUCGACUACAACGAGUUCGUCCAGCUCAUGAUGCAGAAGUAAACGGCUUUCUCCUAUAUUCCAACUCUCUACGAAGACAGGUUUUAGCGUUCUCUUUGAAUACCACUAUUAGUUGAUAUGCCUCCAUUCGGAUGUGAAGGGAUAGCUUUGUUUCCCACGCUUGGUAUGUUGUGCAAGGAUCACCUGUGUUCUCGUGGUUGCGCAUUAUGCUGGACUGUUAUCUCUCCUCCUGCCUCAAACCACCGAGCUCGGGAAGCAAUGGGGUAAAGUUGACAUAAAUUGACGCUAGCAACUCAAGUUUCUCUCCGUUUGACUUUGAGUCUGUGGCGGUUCGUCUCCAAAGCAGUUAUCAGUCAAAUCUUACUCCGCCUUUGCUAG